UGCUGGGAGAGGGGCAGGAGUGUGGGAGCAGGGCAUGCUGGGAGAGAGGCAGGUGUGUGGGAGCAGGGCAGGAGUGUGUGAACAGGGCAUGCUGGGAGAGUGGCAGCAGGGCAUGCUGGGAGUAGAAGUCCCGGAAGUAGUGCUGUUGGGGUUACAGUGUAUCAGUUCAGAGCGUCCAUCUCGUGAGGCCACGCCGUGACUGGAGGAAGCCGGUUUCGUCAUUACUGUGUUGAGCAGAGGCCUGAGAAUGAGUCAAAAUGCAACUUCAGUGGCAAUCAUUGGUGGAGGAAUCUCAGGCCUGGUGUGCGCAGCACGGCUUUCUCAGCUGGGAUUAACGAACACCAUAGUCUUUGAUACUGGCAAGCAUGCAACAGGGGGGCGAUGCAGCAGUAGAUACAUAAAUAUUUCUGGUAAACUACAGAUAUUUGACCACGCCGUGCAGUUCUUUACGGUGAGUGAUCCACGGUUUGCUAAGAUUGUGUCCUUUUUACACAACAAGAAUGCCGUUAAAAUUUGGUCAGGGAAGAUAGUUGAACUUAAAAAAGGAAGAGCCCCGUCAGAAGUGAAGGGUUUGCAAGCUUUUAUUGGAACAAGAGGUAUGGUGUCCGUACCGGAGUGCCUUUCAAGUCUUGCCCGCGUGGAAAUAAAUAAGUGGAUCUCCUCUGUACAUUGGGACCCUGUUGUCAACAAGUGGAAGGUUGAUGACUGUGGCUGGUUUGAUUAUUUGGUUAUUGCCCAUAACGGGAAAUGUGCAGCAAGUCUCAUGGCUGAUUCUGGGGCUCCAGAAAUCCACAAUUUAUUGAAAGUUAAAUUCGGCCCAGUGCUGUUACCGAAGACCAGAGUUAUGCAGCUAUGUUCACUUUGGGUGUUGUUAGCUGCCUUUCCCAGUAAGAUAAAACUUGAUUAUGAUGGAGCAUUUGUGGAUCACCCUGAUGUAUCCUGGAUUGGAAACAAUACUUCCAAAUAUAAUUCAGAAAACACAGUUGACUGCUGGACUGUGAUUAGCACACAGGAUUUUGGUGCAAACCAUAAGGUUCCUCAAGAGCACAUACCACCAUCCAAAGAGAAGGAAGUCAUUCAUUUAUUGCUUAAGGGUUUAGCAGAAGCAACUGGGUUAGACUUCAAGACCCUAAAACCUUGUUUUACCAAAGUGCAGUUAUGGGGUGCAGCAAAUCCGCUGAACAGGCUGCAGGGAGAGGGCUGUGCAUUCAAAGCAGGUCAGAAGGUGGGUGUUUGUGGUGAUUGGCUCGUUAGCCCAUGUGUUGAGGGAGCAGCUAUGAGCGGCCUGAAUCUGGCUGAAGUUAUCAGCCAACACGUGAAAGGUGAGAGGAGAGAUGUUGGAUUGCAAAGCUCUCUGGUUCCCUUGGAGUCGAAAACCAUCGGGGCAUUUCCUACAAAUAAACUUUUGGUUUUUAAUCCUACAAAGUGAGGCUUCAGUUUACCACACAAAAGCAUUAGUAUCUACCAACUCUGCAACUGGAUGAGUUUAAGUCAAUCUUUUCUUUAAUGUUAUCAACUUUUUCUCACUCAAUAAAUGCUCAACAAUCCCACAAAACACACAUGCCAUAUAAUUAUUACACAGUUCUGCUGCUUGUGUCUGCGAGACUCUUCAGCUGGUGCACUUGGUAGCAAUACAACAGGAGACAAUAUUAGUUAAAACUAGAUUUAUUGAUAUUCAAGUAUAAAAAUAUCAUAGGCAGAACUUGUACACUGGCUAAGAAUAGAGAUUUAGGCCUCUAUUUAUCAAGGUCUGUCGGACCUGAUCUGACAGUGCGGAUCAGGUCCGCCAAACCUUGCUGAAUACGGCGAGCAAUACGCUUGAGCUGCUGGUGCAACGCCGCCCCCUGCAGACUCACGGCCAAUGGGCCGCCAGCAGGGGGGUGUCAAUCAACCCGAUCGUACUCGAUUGGAUUGAUUUCCGGCGAUGUCUGCUCAGAGCAGGCGGACAGGUUAUGGGGCAGCGGUCUUUGUGACCGCUGCUUCAUAACUGCUGUUUCUGGCGAGCCUGCAGGCCCACCAGAAACACGGGGCAUCAAGCUCCAUUCGGAGCUUGAUAAAUAUGCCCCAAAUUAUCUAACAUGUUUCACGCCCACAAAAUAGCACUUUCUCAAAGAUUUGCAAAGGAAUUCCACAUUUAAAAUUUAAAGAGACAUUAAACACUUUGAGAUAAAAAAUAUGAGGCACCAGCUCCUACUGAGUCUGUCAUUGGCUGAUGGCUGUCACAUGAUAAACUGGGGAAUCUGAAAUUUCUAAGAAAGAAUGUACUGAUAAUUUGGAUAAUUCUCAGUAAGUGCUAUUGUAUUGUCUUUUUAUUGUACAUUUGUGGAUCAUGCAGUUAAUUUAUUUACUGGCCCUUUAAUUAGUGUUUGAUGUUUCUUUAAAGGGACAGUACACUGUAAAAUAGUUUUUCCAUUAAUGUAUUUUCAGUGACUUGUUAUACUAGCUGCAGAGUAUAAAAUAUUUGAGAAAUUGCA